AUGGAAGUUCAUAUUACUUCGAAGCAUAUGGUUAAGCCCUCCUCUUCAAAACUUCAUCUCUUUAAACCAUUCAACCUUUCCCUUUUUGACCAACUCUCCCCCAGAAUGUAUACUCCGGUAAUCCUCUUUUAUGCUAAACCUGGUGAUUCCAAUAUCGACGGUUCCCAAUUCUCAGAGAAACUAAAACAAUCGCUCUCGAAAGCUUUGACUCAGUUUUACCCUGUUGCUUGUCGGGUGAAGAACAACCUUUUUAUUACUGAUUUCGACGAGGGAGUUCCUUAUGUUGAAACCAAGGUGAAAGGUCGACUAUCUGAUUUCAUUGAGCCAACUCAGAAACUAGAGGCAAUGAACCGAUUGCUUCCUUGUCGACCCUUUUCCAAUAUUCAAGACUCAACAACAGCACCACAACUGUUCAAUUGGGCAGCUUUCAGUCGUGGCUCGAAUGGAGAAAUACCAAAUCCUGGACUGUUAGGGGCAUCGUCACAUUUUUUCCCUCCGAUUGAGUCGAUACCGGAAAGUGCCGACGUUGAAAGCAUGUUCUUCAAUUACGACAGGCGUCAGAUGACAAGGACUUACGUGUUUGAUGCCAAUGCGAUUUCGACUCUUAAGUUGAAAUUGAAAAGCAAAAGCUUGGAGCAUCCUUCCCGAUCAUUAGCUCUCACUGCAUUCAUAUGGAAACAUGCCAUCCAAGCAUCUCGAUCAGCUUCAGGAACUCUAAAGCCAGCUAUUUUAUGCCAACCAGUUAACCUUCGACCAAGAUUGAAGCCCGUCGACUUACCGAGUUAUUCAAUUGGGAACCUGAUUUCAAGUGCAAUUAGCAUGUAUAAGUCAGUUGGAAAAGAUAUAAACUUAUCUGAGUUGGGUUAUCUACUGAGACAAGCAACAUAA